CAGUUAUCGUGAGUCCUGCAGACUCGACCUUCGAUGGCUUUUGGCAUAUCAACUCUAAGUCAAUUGUCACUUUAAAAGGCCUUCCUUGGAGCAUUAAGGAGUUACUUGAUGACAGUCUGUACGCAAGUGACUUUGCUGGCAGGAAAUUUAUGCACGCAUUUCUCGCACCAUACGACUAUCAUCAUUUGCAUGCUCCUGUCGAUGGCAAAGUACUCAAAGCCAAAGUUAUUCCGGGCCAGACCUAUCUCGAUGUUACUGUUCAAAAAGAUCAUAACAAUCCCAACAAACUGAUACUCGUACCUAGACGAAAAAUGAAAGUUGGCGAUGCCGAAGAACUCUCUGCUCCGGACUCUCCAGGGUAUCAAUUUUCCCAGGCUCGCAGUCUGAUUGUAAUCGAAAAUGAAUAUAUUGGAAAAGUGGCUGUUUUACCAGUCGGUAUGGCACAAGUGUCUUCUGUGGUCCUCUCCAUUAAGCCAGAUGAUACAGUGACGAAAGGGAAGGAGAUAGCUUAUUUUCAGUUUGGUGGAUCUGACAUUGUCCUCGUAUUCCAAAGCCAAAGCAAUGUUAAUAUUCUUGCUAACGAACAAAAACAUUAUAGAGUGGCAGUUAUCGUGAGUCCUGCAGACUCGACCUUCGAUGGCUUUUGGAAUAUCAACUCUAAGUCAAUUGUCACUUUAAAAGGCCUUCCUUGGAGCAUUAAGGAGUUACUUGAUGACAGUCUGUACGCAAGUGACUUUGCUGGCAGGAAAUUUAUGCACGCAUUUCUCGCACCAUACGACUAUCAUCAUUUGCAUGCUCCUGUCGAUGGCAAAGUACUCAAAGCCAAAGUUAUUCCGGGCCAGACCUAUCUCGAUGUUACUGUUCAAAAAGAUCAUAACAAUCCCAACAAACUGAUACUCGUACCUAGACGAAAAAUGAAAGUUGGCGAUGCCGAAGAACUCUCUGCUCCGGACUCUCCAGGGUAUCAAUUUUCCCAGGCUCGCAGUCUGAUUGUAAUCGAAAAUGAAUAUAUUGGAAAAGUGGCUGUUUUACCAGUCGGUAUGGCACAAGUGUCUUCUGUGGUCCUCUCCAUUAAGCCAGAUGAUACAGUGACGAAAGGGAAGGAGAUAGCUUAUUUUCAGUUUGGUGGAUCUGACAUUGUCCUCGUAUUCCAAAGCCAAAGCAAUGUUAAUAUUCUUGCUAACGAACAAAAACAUUAUAGAGUGGGUGAACAGAUUGCAAUUGCUCAAAAAUUAUCAUAA